AUGGAUAAUAGAGAAGAGGACAAUCAAACAAUAAUAAAAGAAUUCAUCCUCCUGGGAUUUGGGGAUAUUUAUGAGUUUCACAUCCUUCUCUUUCUGUUUUUCCUAGUGAUCUAUCUUGUGACCAUAUCAGGAAACCUUCUUAUUGUUGUCUUAAUUGUAGCUGACCAGCAUCUUCACACUCCCAUGUACUUAUUCCUGAUAAAUUUGUCUUGCUUAGAAUCAUGCUAUAUUUCAACUAUUUUUCCCAGAAUGCUUGACAGCUUCCUAACUGGAAACCAAUUGAUGCCACUGAAUUCCUGUUUCACACAGUUAUAUUUCUUUGGGGGACUGGCUACAGCAGAAUGCUACCUUCUUGCUGCCAUGUCUUAUGAUCGGUAUUUAGCAAUAUGCAAACCACUGCAUUAUGUUACCAUUAUGGAUAUGAAAACCUGUCUGGGGUUAGCAGGUUGCUCUUGGAUCAUUGGGUUUCUCGUGAACUCCGUACCAACCUAUUUAAUAAAACAGUUGGUAUUUUGUGGACCUAAUGUAAUUGAUCACUUCUUCUGUGAUUUCACACCACUACUUCAAGUAUCCUGUAGCAAUACUGUGAAAAUUCAGCUCCUCAUAUUUAUUCUGUCAGCUCUGUUUGGAUUGCUUCCUUUUCUGUUAACCCUUAUCUCCUAUGGCUGCAUUGUAAAAAUGAUUUUAAGGAUUCCAUCCACUGUAGGAAGAAAGAAAGCAUUUUCUACUUGCUCAUCACAUCUCACUGUGGUUACACUGUUUUAUGGCACUAUAGUGAUAGUAUAUGUGUUGCCAAAAAACAGAGCACUGAGAGACCUUAACAAGAUCUGCUCUGUGUUCUACACUGUUUUGACUCCCUUGGUAAAUCCUUUUGUGUACAGUCUGAGGAAUAAAGAUAUAAAGCAAGCUUUGAGGAAAGCUAUCAAACAUUUUUCUGGUUGA